AUGGAUGCUGUUCAUGAAUUGCAGAGGAAGAUCAAUGAUUACGAAAGGAAAAGAUUUCACUACGAACGCAAGAUUAGUCGUCUUGAGGAUGAUCUUUUCCAGAGGGAUCAAGAGAUCAUACGUGCAAAGUUCACAAUAUUGCAGGCUCUGCCAGGACUAAAUACUCCAGAGAAUGGUCCAUUGGUUGACAUAGUAAGAGUCCCGGGAUAUCUAGACCCAAAGAUGUUUGAAACAGCGUGUCUCAAAGCAUGCCUCAAUAACCCAUCUGAUGGUCGUGAGGGAGAAUCAACGAGGAAGGAUAGAGCAAUUCUUGAUGCCGAAACUCUGUGCAAUGAGUGGAGAAGCAAAACCAGUAAUGGACUUUGGAGGCUUUACACUGAGGUUCCGGAACAAGGAGGAGAAGAAGACAACUGGAUACAAGUGGAGGCGGAGGAUCUGCUGGACGUCAAAGAGAAAUAUGGUGAGGAGCUCUACAAAGCUAUUAAGAUAGCAUGGACUGAGUCAAAAGAAGGUAGAAGAACAGGGGUGCAACUGAAGCCUUGGGAUUAUGAAGCUGGGAGGGAGAAAACAUUAACAGAGCUACUUGUUCCACUUCGAGAGCAGAUCCAGUUCCUCACUAUGAAAACCAGUGAAGAAGGAAAAUAA